CAUCUGCAUAGAAUGGAGUUCACAUCUAUAUGUCUGGCUGUUGCCGCCACGUUGAGUAUUCAACCUGAGAGACGUCAGUUCUUCCGGUACGAGGCCUUCAAUCUGAGCUGUACAGUAUCAGGGAACUUCAGCGGCUGGACGGUGAUGAGAAAUGCCUCUGAGAUGUUUUCUCCAUGUGAAGACUGGGGCCGCCCGAACCGAUCCUCCUGCAUCAAUCGCAGUGCCUACAAAUCAGACAGUGGGCUUUACUGGUGCCAGUCUGAGCGAGGAGAGUGCAGCAACAUCCUCAACAUCACAAUAAACACUGGUGUUGUGAUCUUGGAGAGUCCAGCACUUCCUGUGACGGUGGGAGACGAUGUGACACUUCGCUGCUCCUACAAAGAAAGAUAUGCCAGUAAUUCUUCAUCAGAUUUCCUUGCUGCCUUCUACAGUAAUGGUACAUUUAUUGGAAAUGAGUCUGGAGGACAGAUGAUCCUUAAGAAUGUCCUAAUGUCUAACAAGGGCUUCUACAAGUGCCAACAUCCUGACAAAGGAGAGUCACUGGAGAGCUGGUUAGAAGUUAAAGAGAAACCUCAACUCAAUCUACCUCCUAAUCCUUCUUCUGCUCCUCCGAUCACAAUGACCAGUUUGCUGUGCACCAUUAUGCUGUUCAUCAUCUACACCAUUAUCUUCAUUGUGUGUGCAAUCAUCUACAGAAGGUGGGCUCGAGGUCGAGCUGAGGCUAAAAGGAGAGAUUCAGAUCUUCUCACACCAGAAUAAUGACUGCUGUCCAACAUAUCAACUGCAUCAAGGCAAUAUUAUUAUCAAGAGCUGAAUAAGCUUAUGUUUUAUAUUCUCUCUAUGUACAAUCCAGCUCAAAAUUAUUCAUACCCUGAAGGAUUCAGAUUUAAAGUCAUUGUAUUUCAGCUAAGAUGUUUGUUUCUCGUGGAAAUGACUGAUGGCCUUUUUGUCUUCAGUCCUGAAGUUUCUAUUUAGUUUUGUUUCUCUGGUUCCUUUUGAUCUUUAUUAUAUCCACUUCCUCUUUUCUUUGAGUUUCACUGUCUCCUGGAUGUUUCGAGUCUUCCUCAGGUUGGGUAUUUUGUGUGUGUGUUCGCACUGUUUUUUGUGGUCCCGUCCUUCUCAGAGUAAUUUUUUAUUGUUUGCAUUUAGGUCCUCCAGAAAAACUAAGAAUGCUUUCAACAGAUUUCUUUUGGUUCACACUAUCCUGUACCAUUGUACCUUGAGUAGCUUUUUGACAGACUGCAGAUUUUAUCAGCGUUACAUGGCGGACUAAUCUGGGCUGAGGCUAAUCUUUUGGUUGGUUUGUUUCUUUUGUGACCGUACUUACUGUAUAAACGACCAAGCAUGAAUGUAUUAGCAGGGCGGGAUUUUAUUUGAUGAAUUCAACAUAGAUUUCAAAAUGUUUUGCAAAAACAAAUCUGUGUGAAAAGUGAGGCAUGCAUUUGUAUUUAGUCCCACUAAAUAAAUGCUUUCUAGAACCACA